AUGGGUCGAAAAAGCCGGACCUCCAAAAGUACAGACGAUGAAGAGAACGUGAGAAGAAGAAGCCGUUCAGAACGAUCAGAUCGACGUCGGCGCUCUGAUCGCAGCAGAAGCCGCUCGAAGUCCUCAGAAAAAGUUAGUUUUCAAGUCAAUAGUCUUGAAAUACUUUUCACAGAAGAGCACAUGGCGAUUGACUGAAAUGGCUCGGAGUUUGUUUGCAAGCUCGUCUAGCUCAAAGAUUCCUGAGGCAGAAGGAUCUUCGCAAGAUAUUCAAACGGUUGAUCCAGAAGACAACGUCUACGUACCUUUCACACCAUUUCCACCCUUUGAAACUUUUGUCGAUGUGGACAGGGAAAGGUAGUUUUCAAUAGAAAAUAGCUUUUAUUCGAUAAAAAAUGGAAAAUUUUUUGGCUUUAAUUUUCAAUCCGAUUUGACUCUGAAUUAAGCUCAAAGAGAUUUUUUUCAGCGCCCGACGGAAAUUUGAAGAGGAAAGUCGGGUCGGUGACGUCCUCUAUGUCAAGGUCUGAGGAAAAUCUGGAAAGGGUUGAAAAAAACCUGAAACUUUGAGGUUUUGCGAUGUGACGUAGCCGGCGCUUAUGUCAAGCCGUUGUGUUACGCGAAACGUCUGAAACGUGAUUUGGAAUGGCUGAGACUCGAGGUUUUCUUUCAUAUUUCUCCAAUAGUAUGAAAAUUUGACUUUUUUUCAGCUGCCGAUCCUUCAAGCUUCCAUGGACCGAAGAGUCAAAAUAGACGAUAUCAUUCGCGUGGGCGUUUUGUCCACAAAUCCACCGAAAUAUGCUUUUGCCCAGGUAAUACUUUUGUUGGUUUUGCCUAGUUUUUGAGGUAUUUUUCCUUUUUUCUUCCCCUUGCUCAAUUUUUGAUCGUUCUAAUCGCCAAAAAUAUUGAGGGCGCUGCGUCGGUUGCCGAAAAUGAGUUGCCUGAGUUUUUCAGGUGAGCAAUUUUCACCUCGUGAGGUUGAUUUUGAGCUAUUCAUCUUUUGUUUUUCAUUUGAAAAGAGGCGGGAUAACAAAAAAAAAAAAUUGUUUACAGCAAAAUGCUGGUUUUUACAUGUAUACAAACUUUUUGUUUUCAAGUUUUUUUGAAUUAAAGCAAAAAAGACUAACUUAUAAAGGGAAAAAAGCUGUUCUAAAAAGUUACAAAGAAGUAAAAAAAAAACCCAUAAAAAUUUUCAGUGUUAUUCGCGUUCGAGUUUAAUUUCUUUUUUUUUGAUGCUCACUUUUAUUUUCAGAGCGCAGUGAGUUCACAAAAGGUUUUCAAACAAAAAAACAAAAAAAAGUUAUUGAUAUAAUCAAAUCAGAAGAUUCCCAAUUGAGAUUUUUUUCAGAGAAGCGAGAAAACUGGAGGACACGAAGUUCCGCGAAUUCGCCAACGAACGACCCGACCGUUGCAAUCCUUAUUUGGCCUCGCAGUUGGGCGUUUCAGAAAUCUCGCUCCAUUCUUUCCUAUUUUCUCCUCACACAGAGGUUUUAUCUUUAUUUUUUUUUCCACUGAAAGUAGUUUUUCUAAAAAAGAAAAAAAAAACCUAUGGCGUGUGUUAUUGGAUAAGCGAAAAAUGUUUCAAAAAGGGAAAGUGUUUUUUUGGCGCACCAAAGUUGCUCCAAAACAGUUCUACUUUUUCUUUUGGAGCAAUAAUUUUGCUUUUCAGAACAAAUUUUCGUUUUGUUCGAUGAACACGCCAUUUUUUAAAGAUUGUCGUUGUUUUCUUAACUAGAAAUCGUAAAUAUGAAGUUAUGGGAGAACAUAUUGGCUAGAUUCUCGUUUGAAUCACUCUUUCCACUCAAUUGAGUUAAGCUCAAAAAAGUUGGAGUUGAAACAUUUCCUUUUGAGGACAUAUCUGAGCCAGCAUCUUCGAUCAGAAAGAAGCAGGAUAAUUUGAUGGCCGAAAACGAUGUCAAUCGAGUCGGUUUCUAUAAAGUUUUUGGAAAGAUGAAGGCGUGUUCAGGGGAUAUCCGAAAUGAAGUCGGGAAAUUCGAAAGCCGCGCUUGUGCUGUUCGACGACGUCAUAUCGAAGUUUCCAGAAUUCGUCGAUGCCUACGUCUCUCGCGGCGCUUUGUCAGAUUUUCAAUCUUUGCACAUCGUUUCUAUAGAACUAGCUUAGUAUUGAAAAAAAAAACAAUUUGCGAUGACUCCAGAAAAGAAAAAAAAUAAUAAAAAAAGAAAAUUUGUAGACAUUGGAACAUGGGCGAUUAUUGGCGAGCGGAGCGGGAUCUCAAAAAAGCGAUCGAAAUGCAGCCGGAUCAUCCAAACGCCAAAACUUACCUCAUCGAAACUCUAAUUAGCUACGCAAAAACGUUGGUUUUCCAUGUUUCAUCGGAUGAUAAUGUUCAGCUAUGAAAAAGAUUCCCCGCAUAGCUAAAAAAACACGGCAGACUUUUAAGCGUAUAUCUAUAAUUCUUCUAUUCUAGUUUCGAAGUGAAAGAGGAUUGGGAAGAAGCCAAGGCGAAAUACGAGAGCGUUCUGCGACAUCGCGAAGAUAGGCGUGCCCGUUCAGGAUUAAAAACAGUCAGCGAGAAAAUUGAACGACGAAAACGAAACCGAAGUCCUUCCGCGGAGAUUGGUAACAAAACAUGGGACAUUCUAACCAAGGUGAAAGAUUGUUGCAGUUGGAGAGAUGUCAGCGAAAGACAGAAAAAAGAUUCGGGCGGAAGAUCGUGAGAAGAGGCGGAGUGCGCAGGAACGCGAGAGGGAACUCGCGGAAAGAGAGAAGGAGAGGGCGGAGAGAAAUCGAAGGAUCGGCGAAUUCGAAAAGUUUUUCGCCGGGCUCCGAAAGUAG